AUGAAAAGAUGUUCUCCUGUCCUCAACACUGUCAAUGGAGUAGCUAUCGGUGAAGCAACCCUUCCAAUUUGGAGGAAACACUUCAAUGCCUUGCUGAACCGGCUAGCCCCGUCAGCUCCUGAACUCGAACACGUUCAUAGACCAACAUAUGCGGUUAGCGAGGAGCCACCGACCGAGUCGGAGAUCCUGGUCUGUAUUCAAAAAAUGAAGAAUGGAAAAUCUGGUGGAGAUGACGGUAUUGGCGCAAAAAUGCUAAAACAUCUUCCUCCGUCUGGAAUUCGUGAGAUGACAAAAAUCAUCCGUUCAAUAUGGAUAGACGAAAGGAUACCUGAUUCGUGGAGACACGCUAACAUAAUUCCCCUCCACAAGAAGUUAUCCGUCACGGAUCCCAGGAAUUAUCGAGGAAUCUCUUUGCUGCGUGUUAUGUACAAGGUAUUGGAGCGCAUUAUCCUGGACCGACUCAUUAAACAUCGCGAAGAAACAACGCGCGACGAGCAAGCUGGCUUUCGUCCUGGCCGAUCUACGAUUGACCAGGUGUUCAUCGUCAGGAGAGUGAUCGAAAUCUAG